AUGAAUGGUACUCGUAAAUCCAAGCCAAUUAUUCCUCUGCCGAGUCCUGCGCUGAGAAAUUGCCACAGCGCAUCUCCCAACGCAGGUGGAGACCUGGGAGCCCUGGGGUGCCGUUUUCAAUACCAUAAGCGGGUAGUACGGGCUGUGACGUGGCGGAGUAGGGGGUUUCCGGUAUUAAAGAUUCAGCACAUUCUCUCACAUGCGAAAUCCCUCAUUCAACAUCCUGUGUAUUUCACAAACGAAUUCAAGAUUACCGGUGCUACAUGUUUUUGUAUGCGAAUGCAACGCAAUAUGUCAAUCGCAAGCUUGCCUCUAGAGCUUUUGACUCGUAUCUGUGAGUAUCUAGAGCCUCAAGAUUGGGGCGCGCUCAGGAUCACUUGUCGCCAAAUACACGGCAACACACUGGAAGCGUAUACAACACGAUACUCCAAAAGAAUCUCACUUAUUCUCACCCGUGAAGGCCUUGACUGCCUGGAGCAGAUUGCAGCCAGUAAAACAAUUCGUGGCUCGGUUAAAGAAAUUUGGAUCAUUCCGAACUUGUUUGAAGGCUGGACACAUUUGGACAAGGAAAGUCUCACAAAUAUGUAUACUUCAGAAAACUACAGGAGAUUUGGACUCAGAGUACCAAAAAACAUCGAAAUGAAUCAAAUGCAGGCUGAGCUUGAUGCUCUAUUUACCGUCUUCGAGGCUACAAGGACAGAACACCGUGCCAUUCUCGAAUGCUCAGGACUCUUUAGUACCCUUCAGAGAUGCCUACCGCGUCUCGAAAACGCUGUCACCCUUGGGUUACGGUGUAGAUUAACAAAUGUCUUUUUUGAUCAUGCAAAGCCCAGUAGCGAUACAAAGCACGCUAGCUUUACCUGCUUAGGCUUACGUGCAUUCAAGAGCCGGUUCAAGUUUAAGCAGUCUCCAAGGGUUUAUGAGAGAAUACCGUACCUGCCUUUUGAUUUGGCAUUCUCACGACUACUUCACGCCAUAAUUGAAUGCAGUCGAAAGGUCCAAGCUCUCUAUACAUGCGGCCAAUUUUCUUGCGGCAUGAAGUUAAACUCUUUUCAGCUACCAGAGUCACAGUAUCAAUUGAUGCUUCCAUUCUUAACAGAUCUAACGACUCUACAUUUAUGUAUUCGUCUUAAAGAUCACGAACAAAAAACAUUCAACGAAGACACCUUUAAACAUCUUCUUAAUGUUCUGGCCACAGUUGCACCGACACUAAAGACCCUGACAUUUGCCCAAUGGAGUCCUAUAGAAGAAUUGUCUCCUCUCUACUUCAAGGAUCUCUCUCAGAGAAUUCGGUUCUCCCAGCUAGAAGAACUUCAUCUUCAUUCGAUCGAGGUGACGGUAAAAAGCCUCGAAGAAUUUCUAUGGACAGCAGCGCCAACCUUGAAACGACUGAGUUUGCGCCUGAUCAGUUUAGUUGAUGGGAUAACAUCAGCGCCAGAUCUAGGACCUCUGACUCAAAAUGAAAGUAGUUGGAUCCCUUUAUUAUCCACCCAAGUCAAAAAUGAGAUGCAGGGGCUCUGGAAGCGCAUUUUUGAAUUUUUGACAGAUCAUCUCAAGCUGCAAUAUGUCCGAUUGUCCAUGCUUGGGUACCGAGGAAGAGAUAUAAUGUUGCAAGAUCACUUAUAUACAGAACGCGGGCAGCCGGAUGCACAACCUUCUCCUGUCUUGAAUCCUUCAGGCUUCUAUUUUGAUGCUGAGAGGGCAAGUAUACCCUUCAAAGAGUGGAUCACGCAGCUUCAGAUAGAGAUGUGA